AUGGUUAAUCGUUGCGUACAGAUAUACAUUGAAAUUUCUCCUCUACCGUUCGAACUGUUCACCUACAAAAGUGGCUCGCCCGUCGUGGGAAGUAUGUCCGUAUUUUUUGUCUUUUCGGUUCUGUCUGUCUGCUCGGCGGAAAGAAGAGCGAACGGUCUUCGGCAACCGAUAUCUCCGCAACGUGCUGUAAACCGUUCUCCGGGUAUACUCAUUCGUUUUUUUAUUUUUAGAUUCUGAGUGAAGCGAAGAAGCUUACGGUUUUAAAAAGCUGUUUAUUGUUUUUUUUUUAUCUGUGCGCCACUUUACUACCAGAAACUUUACUCCGAUUUUCAAGUGUGGCACAUUUUCUGAAAUGAAAUUUGACUGACCGAAAAGGUACUUUAAGAAGGUAAUUUUUCGAUUUUCCAAGAGUUCUCCUUGGAAAUGUGAAAAACCGAGAAAAACAUGGGAAAACCGGGAAACAUAUAGGAAACACGGGAAGAUCGGUACAAUAUUAAAUAAAUAUUAUUAAAGAAAAUACAUAAUGCCUGUUUAAUUAUUUCAAAAUAUGAAAUAUAUAUACGGUGUAUUGUUGACAAAGCAUCACUAUCAAUUGAAUUCCGCUCAGAAUCGUUUAUUCGAUAGCAAUGGUUUAUCGUUGCUUACAGGUAUACAUUGAAUUACCUAUAACAGCGGCUACACCCGUUACCAUUAUCCUAGGACAGGUUUUCUUUUGGAAUGUACUGGUUUUACUAGGAUAUGGUUUGUUUUUUUUUUUUUUUUUUGUGAACGACUUUUCUACCGGAAAUCUCGCUCCGAACAUCAAGCGUAUACAGUAAAUUUUCGGAAAGAGGAUCGUAUCCAAUUUGGUGCGUCGGAAGGUGGUUUUUUUUUUGAAAUUUUAUUACAUUUGGACGCGCGCUUAGUUUUUUUUGGGGGGAAAAUACUUUUCCGGUUAGUGAAAACGCUCGGAUUCGUUUUCGCCGUUAUUUAAACAGACGCGCCCGGCGGUACACUCUCGGUUGAAACCAUUUUUCGAAAUUCCCGACGGUUCGAACGUAACGUAACAAAACGCCCGUGUCGUGAUCGCGUUGCCCGCCGCCGCCGUAACGUGCAGCGUCCGUCGCGGGCGGUUUCCUCGACGCGUCCGCACCGGGGUUUUCUUUUUUCCGCCCCCUCUCCCUCCUUCCCUCCCACGCCCCCCCCCGCCGCUUAUCGUUUGAUCCCGAAAAUACCGUUUCGCCGUGAGACGUCGGCCAUUCGUACGCGCGUCGUUCCGGUCGGUCCUGACGGACGGUCCGUUGCCGGAGACGCGUGCGACAAGACGCGCGGUAUCGGCCCCGCGGCCCCCUCCCCGGGAGCCGCGGCGACGCCGUCGUGCAAACCGGUCCGCCGCAAACGCGGACGGGAUUCGUCGACUGCGUUAUCCGCGCGUUUGUUGUUAGAAUUUUAGAAACGGCGCGCUACCGCGCGACGGCGGUCCGGUCGGAGAGGCGGCCAUUGUUCGGAGCCGUCGACCGGCCGCGGUCGCGCGCGUCUGUAGAAACGCGCGUUUUCCCGUGCGGCGUCGUCCGCGUGGGCGAACGCGACGCGCGAUGACGGCCGGGCACGUUCUCGAGACCGAGGUCGGGCGCCGCGUUCGACAACACGGUGCGCGCCCGUUUUAGAUCCCGAGAGUGGCCGAGGAACGGAUCGGUUUUGCGCGGAUGUGCGCGUGCGCGUGUUUUUUGGUCAUUUUUCGGUUUUUCCCAAGAGUUUUCCGGUCGUAUGUGAAAAACAUAGGAAAACCGGUACAGAAAAUCAAACAGAUGUUAUUAAAGAAAACACGUACACGUGCCCAUUUUAAAUUAUUUCACCGCAAUAUGACACCGUGUGUGUCGUUAACAAACCAUCACUGUCGACUGAACUGCGCUCAGAUCGUUUUUUCGUUAGCAACGGCGGUCAACCGUUGAUUACGCGUACGCACAUUGAAUUCGCUUCUAUGUCCUGCCUUCUCAACUUCCCCGUUGUCCAAAGACAGAUUUUUUUGAAUUUUUUUCUAUCGAUAACAGCGUUCCGGCGCUGUAUUGCCGUUGUUACCAUCGCGGUUCGGUCGAAUAUCGAACGUUGAAUGCGACAAUCGUAACGCGCGCCCCGGACCGCUCGUCGUCCCGUCCCCCGCGGUCGCGGGAAACGCGAAAUCCUCGAAAGAAGCGAAACCCCCGUCGUGUUCGGAACAUUCGCGCGGUCAGGCGUUACGAUUGGUCGGCUCCUCGUCGGGCGCAGAACUGGCCGGGGCAUUCUGAAAAUCUGUACGGCGGCGGCGGCGGUUCUCAUCCACCGGUUUAGGGCCGACCCGUUUUAUCGUUACGACGACCGUACGUACGUACUGGUGCCGAGCGCCGGGUCCGGAUCGUAACAAACGUUACGAACACCGCGAUCCGGGUUUAAUGUACCGAUCCGGAUCACACGGAUUGAACCCGAGAAUCCGGAUUAGACUAUACGUGCUCUCCGCGCGGGCCACUGCGUCGGAUCUGCCGCGCGACCGCACCCGGCCCCCGCGGAUACACUUACCGCGACGUCGCCGACGAACCCGACCGUCGUUCGUCAAUACUUGUCACAGGGUUCGGUCGGGGAAUUGUCGCGGGCAUCACCCCCCCCUCCCCCGGGACGGACAGACGACGGCGACCGCGGCGAAUAAUAAUAAUUCGGAGAGAAGAAUACGCGCGCGCGUACGCACACGACAACAAUAUUAUCACGGCGUACAAUACGCGAGCGGUGGCGUGUACCGCGCGCGGUCGUGCGAAAACGACUUUCCAGUCGGCGGCGGCGAGUCCGGUCGACCUUCUCCCCGGACGCCGCGCGUUACACGUGCGCCCGCGGUGGGGGCACGAGCCGCCGCACGACGACGGCGGCCGCGGCGGAUAUUCGCGCGGAAAGGAAAAAAUAAGAGAGAAAAAAAAAAAAAAAAAAAAAAAAAAAAACGGAAAAAAAGCGGCGCGACGCGACGCGGUCGUUCGUCUCUCGGCCGCAAACUGCACGGCGGACCGCGGGUAUGCAAGUCUCCGGCGGACGGGUCUCCUCUCGCGCCGCAAUAACGAAAACAAUAACAAAACAAUAUUAUCGUAUCGCGUGUAUCGUGCCGCGCCGGAGUCUCGGUCGCGUCGCGCGCUCGCGUACGUUCCGGGGCCCGCAAACCCGACCGCCGAUAUCCUAUCGCCGCGCGGUCUUCGUCCCGUCCCGUCCGGUCCGCCGCUUCGCCGCCUUUCGUCGUCGUCGUCGUCGUCGUCGUCGUCGUCGUCGUCGCCGUCGUCGCCGUCGACGUUCGCGCGCGUCUCCUCCGCUUGACCUACAAUCGAACACAUACACGCACACACGCGCGCGCGCACACACACACACACAAAUACGUUCGCUCGCGCCCGCAAACACGCGCACAUACACGCGACACAAGCGCGCGCGAACACACACACGCGCGCGCGCGCACGCACACACACAUACACACACACACACACACACACACACCACUUCGCCGCGACGCACACGCACAGGUAUAGAGACGGUGCAGGCGUUUCGCGUCAGUGUCGUACUGGCGCGCGUCUACAACACGACCGCUGUCCGUUGCCCGCAGACUCGUACGGUUAUCGGGUGCGCGAACACGUCGUUGCGCAGUCGUCGUUCCGUCGCAUUAUUAUCGCCAUUAUCAUUAUUUAUUACUAUCGCCGUCACCAUCAUCAACGACCGCCGCCGCCAUUAUCGCCCGGCUAUUAUCGUCGCCGCCGUCGUCGUUUGAGCACCGGUUUGGGAAACGAUACGAAAUAUUGUUACGAUACCGUACGAAACACGGAAAAACGAUAAAAGAACGCACGGUCGCGUAACGCACGCAUCAAUCCAGCGGUUAACAACGUAACGUAAACGCCGCGCCGCCGUAUAUCGCGUGAACGUCCGCGAUUUUUGGAGAAAAAAAAAAACACAUUUUUUUUUCUUUUCUUUUCUCUUUGAGUUUCGGCCGAAAGUGCGAAUCGCCGAACCGCGACUCGGCCCCGCGUACACAGGGUAGGUAAGUACGCGCCGCGUACGCCGUCCGGAGCCGGAGCCGCCGCCGCCGCCGCCGCGCGCGCAUCAUCACGUCUCCGCAUCACAAAUGACACCCUGAGCAACGGAAUUGUUCAUCGCCGCACCGAACGCGAUCACAAGGUAAUAAUAGUUCAACGGCAAUACAAUAUUUUAUUGUGAAAAAAAAAAAAAAGAAACCUCCCCGCACGUACGUGCGCACGUUACAAAACCGACAGUUUUCGCGAAAUCCGCUGUUAAAUGCGAUAAAUUUCUUCGGGCGACUUACUGCGACUUACGCAACGACGAUAUCUAUUCGCGAUGCGAAACAUUGCGGUAUGCGGAUGACGAGUGCGAAACGCGCGACACGCUGCGGCAAUAAUACAAUUUCAGUACGAAAUUUCGAACAAUAAUAACGUUAUCAUCAUAAUAAUAAAUUCGUAACAAACCAACGGGUACGCGGUAUUCUUGCAGGUGCGUAUUAUUAUUAUUAUUACUAUCAUUAUUAUCGCGCGUAGUUCAUCGAAGUGCAUUUGAAUGUUAUUAUUUUGUGUAUAACAUAAAUAAUAUAAUAUUAUAAUAUUUCUUUCAUAUUAUUAUUAUACCAUGCGUUUUAACCUCGUCUUGUGCGAAGCGUGGAAAAAAAAAAAAAAAAUUCUUGUUUUAUCAAAUUUUUUUAAACAAUGCGUUCCGCUUGCAGAAAAAAAAAAUGAUAUACCUAUACCGUCAAACUAAAGCCGCUGCGACUAUACAGUUGCGCGUGAUUAAAAUAAUAAUAAUAAUUAACGACUGCAGUUUCGCCGCGAUAUGAUUUCAAUUUUUUUUUUUAAUAAUAAUAAUAAUAAAAAAAAACGUUUUUCGGGUAAAUAAUUUUAAUUUUCGUGUAAUACACGCGACGAUUCGGAUAUUUGAGCACAAUUUUAAUUAAAAAAAAAAAAAAAAAAUGCUUUCUAGCCCAAAAAGUUAAAAAUCACUUUGGAAUCAAAAAUGGAAAAUUAAAUUUCUUAUUCUCAUUAAAAAAAUACACACGACGAAUUUGUAACAAAACGAGCCGCUUAUCAUCUGGGUAUUUGAAAUUUGACAUUGUCCGAUAAUAGUAUCAUUAUAAUACGAGUGACUGCGUUGUACGCAAAUGUUUAUUGGUUUGUUAAAUGAACACCUCGCUGGUGUGUAGAAAUCUCGAAAUGAAAUUUCUAAUUCGAAUUUUACGUGCGAAAAUGUCCCGGAAACCUGUAAAAAAAUUUGACAAAAUCGCUUUAAAACAGAAUGUCUUAUUCUCGUUCGAAAAUGCCCGAAACGAAUUUGUAUAGGACGACAGCGAAUAUUUGGAAAGUAAUUAUAAUAUUCUAGUUGAUAAUUCGUUAGAUUCCGUUGGCCGAUUUCACACAUUCAAAAUAUUAUGCGUCGUGUCCAAACUACCCAUAUUACCGGGCGUAACUCGUCAGAAAACAAAGUCGAAAAUCUAAAGUCUGUAAUAAGCCCGAUUAACUGCAGUUGAGCGUAACGUGCACAGUGCACACGCAACGAAAAAGAAACGAGUAAAAAAACAAUCGGGUUCGAACAUAAUCGCCGACGGAUUUUUCGGUCUCGGGGAACAGAAGGGCUCCAGCGAUUUUCGGCAUUUUUUUUUCUUUUUUAUUAUUAUCGUUUUGUCUUGUGUAAUUUGCGUCGUUCGUGUAACCGGCGCCGUUUAAGUCACCGUAAAAUAUAGCACAACGUACUUUGAGUUUGGCAAAUAAAAGGCCAUAAAUCGCAUUAAACACCUAUAUUAUAAUACAUAUUCCGUUUAGAACGAAGAACGAAUCGAUAAAUUUAUUCGUGUUAUGUCAACUCGGGCCUUUUAAUUAAUAAACCGGACAUUUUAUUAUUGUUUGGUAAAUGACAAUGAAGAUAAUAAGGUAACGGAGGUGAUGACCUUCGUUACCUUUAAUACUUUGUUGUCGGUCCUUUGAAAUCAAGUGUAUAAUAUGUGUACCCAAGUCGAAAGUCGAAAAGUAGAAUCUAAAUGGCACAAAAAGUGUAUGCUACAUGCGGUCGUGUAUAUAGAGACUCGAGUAAAAAAUUUAAAAAAAAAAAACUGACGUGAGUGCAAUCAUCGCAGUCUCUACUGAAUAUUUACUCCGUAAUAUUAUAUUAUACCACGCGUUUGUUUGCCGCGGAAAACUAACAACACAAACAUUUUAGACUUGUAGACAUGUUUGAAAAUUUAAUUCGCUCGAAAACUAUACGAAAUCGACUCGAUCCCUUCUUCCCUGGGUCCACGUAAAACUGUUUCAGCAAGGCAAUAAAUUGUGCACAAAUUCGUUUGGUUGGGCCGAAUUCAUGGCAAAAAAAAAAGACAAAAUCCGUAGAUAAUAAUAAUAAUACAUCGGCUAUUGUUUUUUUUUUCUUCUGUCAAACAUUUUCGAAAUGUGUACUCGUCUGUGGGCCAAAUGAUUUUUUUUUUAUUAUUUUACUAAGACCCGUCGUUAACCGUAAAGUCGUAUCACGUCCCUGGCCUUGCCGCAAAGUUUUCGGCGGCCGGAAAACUUAUUUGCUGAUUGUUCCGAACAAAAACGUCAUAGAGAGACUUUUUUGUACACUUAAAAGUGGUGAUUCUCGAGUAUUUUUUCGUAUUUUUCUCGGUAUAAUAGUGUAGCAAACCGAGAAAAUGAAAUAAUUUGGGAAAACGGGAACAUUCAGGCGACACACCGGGUUAUUGGUUUUGUAUUUCGUUUGUAACUCUGUAUAGUUUCAAGUUACCCGAAACUUUCGACGGACAAUAUUAUCGCAUUUUCUACAUACGACAUGACAGUAUAUAUAAAACAAUAUUCGAAAUAUUUCGUGCAAUUUUUUUUUUUAGUUGUUUAUAAUAGUGUAUACUGGACGUAUUUUAUAAUGCUAUACAUUUUUUUUUUUUUCGAUUUAUGUGGAUAAAACAUGUUUGGCCCCGUAUAAAUGCUCGAAAAUGUUAUUACUGCGGGUUUUCUCGGUUAUAAUGACGGUAUUGGCAUUAUCAUAAUGCUGCAGCGUGUAAUACAAAUGGCGAGUGAAAGAGAUCGCUCGUUUUUACAAACGCGACGAUCCGUUCAAACGAAAUGAAAAACUUGUGAUUAUCGACAACGUGUGGGAACUCGAAAUUAACGGGGACCGCCUUUGGUCGCCACGAAGUUAGAUGAGGACGGUCACCGCAGGAAACUUUUUACGCGGAAACGUCGCGGUCUCCCGCGAGGAUCGUAUUAAUAUUACGGUAUCGUUUUAUACGGACGAGGCGAUUCACGAGUGUGCGCGAACAAACACCGCGCCGUCGUCGCGAUUCAGAGGGCAGCAAUCGUCAAAAUCGACGGGGACGUCUGCAAGGGUGGACCGGGAACAGAAAUUUCGGCACGGCGUGUUCGAUAUUAACGCGCAAGCAACAUUAUUUCAUACUGGAAACGAUAAUCCGGCAAUUUUAACCGAAAAACGUUAAGUCGUUGUAUAAAUAAACGGGAGAAAAAAAACCGUCCGUACAUUUGUUCGAUUGUUACAGUCCUCCCGCCCGAAAUAAUUCAAUCAGUCCGAAUUUUCCCGGGCGAUGACAGCCCAACCCAUCUCGCCACAGUCCUCGCCCACUGGACGUCUGCAGUGCGAGAUAGAACAUUACAAUAUUGCGGAUUUCAACGAUCAGAUUACUGCGACGAGGUAGACAUAAUAAUGUUAUUGUAUUAACAUGUUCAGUGCGAUAUUUCAUCGUUGAACCGGUGUUCCUGCGCGGGUUGUAAAGACCGCAAUGGUUUUACUGUGAUGUUUUCUUUUAUUUUCGGACCGUUAACCGCUUUUCUACUAGACGCAAGAUCAAAUACAACGUCUUUUCGAAAAGAAAGUCUCAAUUCGAUGGAAAACUGAGAAGGCCGUAUUUUGAUUGUCUUUGUAGUUGAUUUUAAUAAUAAUUGAGAAAAAUGAGAAUCUUUACGGCAAUAACAAUCUCGUUGUGUUUUGGAUUUUGUUUUUUUGCUGUAAUUAUGUUACAAAUGAUCAUAUAGUGACUUGAUAUUUUUCACAGAAUACUAUCCUGCUCGGUGGUGUAAUUAAGGAGGGGAAGGGGAAUUCGUAUGUCGUACAUCACCACCCUCCCGUGGACUUUUGUUUUAACUGUCAAACACAUUUAUACAUUAAUUUUACGGUACAACGGUAUAUUUUAUAUAGGAAUAACACAAAAAAUCCUGAAUUCUCAUGCCCAGUUCAUACUAAAUAACUAUUGUAUGGAAUGUAAAUCAAUUGUGUUAAUUAUAUUAGAGCCGAGAAAGUUAAAAAAAAAAAAAACACGUGAUUUUUUUAAUAGUGUUCUAAAAUUAAUCUGAAAAAAAAAUACCAAAUACCGGGAUCGAGUCUAUCGGGAACGAGAUAUUUGUAAUAAAGACACCAGCUCCAAUAUUUAUGUUCUUAUAAAAGUGCUAUGCACUUUACCAGUGUCAAAGUUAUCACCGGAACAUAUGUUUUCAACUCUGAAAAAAGUGAAAACAUAUUUAAGAAACACAAUGUCUGAGGUUUGAACCUUAAUUGAAAUAUAUUCAAUAUUUUCCAUAAACUUUCUGUGGUGGAGAUUACAAUAUUUAAGUAUAAUUCUUCUUUUUUUUCUAUUCCGCAGAAUUGAUUAAGACCAAGUGGUGGUCUUGCUGUGUUGGCUAUGUUCAUAAAAAAUGUUAUAAUUGACCCCGGAGAAGUACUCAAUGAAUUAGGAUCUACGAUUUUUUAUAGUGAUUUGUGAUGAAUCUAUAAGUACCAAUAAAAUUAAAGUUGAAACGUAAAUAUUUAAAUAUUAUGGUAUUAUUUGUUUUGAUGAACACAGAUCACAAUGGUUGUAUACUUGUAUUGAGAGAUGCUUGUAUGAUAAAAACCAAAUUUUUUGCAGGAGGUUGGGUAGGUAAUAGGUAAAAUGUACAAACAUUUCAUCAACCCCUCCCCCCCCCCAAACAUUAAUAAACUACGCCACUAUUAGCCUGUCCUGUGCGCGGUGAAAUUUCGAAAACAUUCUGACGAUUGUUUUUUAGUUAAUUUUUAGGUACUGAACAAAUUUAUGUUUUUUUUUUUUCUAUCGGAUAAAAUUCAAAGAAAACGCUCGAAAAUUCAACAUUGGUGGAGAUUCAUUCCGAGUUGUACGAAUACUCGGCGGUGAAAAUUCGAGCAGCGUAAUGUAGUCGAUUUUACCUAUCUGAACACACACAUUCAGAGCGUCUUAUAUCCCAUUAUUAUUAUUAUUUUUAAUUUAAAUAUAAUUGUUGUGUAAUUAUCAUAAAUUGUUGUUAUUAUACAUUGUUAUCGUUAUUUAUUUGAAUAUGGGUAUUAAAUAUUAAUUAAUACUAGCCAAUAUCAUAAAAAAAAAAAAAAAAGACGCACAUUACAAUAUAUGUAGGUAUAGUUAUAAUUUAUUUAGGUUACUACACGUAGGCACAAUUAUAAUAUACUAGGUAACCAAAUUCGAUCGACGUUGUGUAUAGUAACAGUGCAAUAUCGUAGGGCUUUGCCAACUUUUUACACGCGGGUUUAAUUUCGACGGAGAUCCUGAACACCGCGACAUUUCAAAACAUUUUCUCCGUAUUUGUAUAGCAAUGUUACCAAUAAGGGUACGUGGCGACGACGAGUAUACCGCUACAAUAGACGAACUGUCGAUCAGCCAUCUGGAUUUUUUUUUUACACUUUUUAUAAUAUUACUACGGGUAAUGGUCGGAAAUCACUACUUUCAAUGCAGCGCGGCGCUACCUUCACUAUCGGUAAAUUGUUAAAAAAAAGUUCUUUACAAUUAUCGAUUACAAUGGGUUCCCCACGACUUUCGCUACUUUUUUUAAAGUAUAGGGCGCUUUUUCUAAGUAGCGCGCUACUUUUUCGACUUAUACGAGGGAAAUUUUUUUUUAUUUCCGUUAAUCGAAUAAAAUUUAGUACCCACUCUAAAUGUUUAUUUUUUAAUAUAGUAUGCCUAACGACAAUCUAUUUACAUUUGACGUUUCCGAUAAUGAACUCUGGCCACAUAUUAUUUUGUUUUACUAUAGGCUAAAACAAAAACAGUACAACUACAAAUUACACUUCGACAUUCGGUUGAAUUCGCGAUUUGAUUCCGGUAAGCCACGACGAAUUUCGCACAUUUCUCCUAACGUAAAAAACGUAACGUCAAAACACAUUGACAUUGGUAUUAAUACUAGUGUAUCGAUAAUACGCGUGCAAUAGAUUUCCGUAAUGUCCAUGAAACGGGUGUUAUUACUAUCGUGUUUUCCAGAGAAACCGAUCCGACUGCGUUUCGUCGACCGCCGAUUAUCGGGUAAACAUCGAAACCCGUGUUGAACGUCGGUCGAAAAACUGUACGCGACCGAUUUUAGGAAAAACCUUUGUCGGCCCGGUAAAAAAAAAGAAAAAAGAAAAAAAGAAGCUACGACACAGCCGGCGGCUGUUUUUUUUUCAAACGAAUUGCGGAGAACCCUCCGCGGGAACAAUCGCGACAGUCGGAUCGACGGCGACAAUACGGUUCGGUCGUCCGCGCGGGGGACAAGGGGAAAAACUGUUAUCGUAAACCGUGAUCCGCGCGGUUACUAUUUUACUAUCUCGUCUGCCGCGCCGCCAUUGUCACCGGCAACGGCAAACGGCCGGGUGUCGGAUAUCGCGGUGUUCACACGCGCGUGCGGUAAAAAGCGUAAAAGCCGGUCAGUGAAAUCCGCGAUGUCCGCGAUCGCGCGCGUACCGUGGUGCAUACACACGGCGGCGGUCGACCGUUUUCGUUUUCUCGCGGCGCUUCGACGGUAACAUUACGCCCGGGUGCCGCGGGUCGACACAUUUUUCGUUUUUUUGUUUUUUUCUCUCUUCUCCCCCCGACCAUAAUAUAUCCGGUGUAAUAAUAAUAUUAUUGCGCGCUUUACUUUCGCGACCACCGCGACCACCGCGACACCCGCCGUCCGACGAUCGCCGCGCUGACGCGUUCUCUCGUCAAGUUCAAGGUUUUUAUCACCGUAAUAAUAACGCAAAGAAAACGUAUGUACGAAUACGUAUAGGUAAUUCUUUAAUAUAUUACACGUAUAUAUACAUAUAUAUAUAUAUAAAUAUUUACUGUUAUGCAAAACGAAAAUCCCGUUUUGCCACUGUAUACAUAUGUAGACGAUGUUAUCAUCCGAGGACGACGGCGGCGGCGGCGGAUGUCGCCCGGAGACCGCGCGUCGAAAAACCCGCUCGUAACAACACACACACACACACACAUAUAUAUUAUAUAGGUACAUAAAAAAAAAAAAAUAUAAAACAAAAAAACUACUAAUAAUUUAUUUACGUUUGAAAUAAUAAUAACAAAAAAUGUCUACACACACACACACACACACACACGUGUGUUUAAUGGUUGACACGGCGACGACGUUAACCUACACCUUGAAAUACGCGCGGUUCAAGUUUAACGGAGAAUCUCCCGGCGACGUUUUUUUCUCCGUUUUUUUUUUCUCUCCAGGCCCCGGACGUCGCGGACGACGAGCGGUUUUCGCCGCACCUGCGAUCAUCCGCGUCGGAGCCGCGGGGUUUCGAACAUGUCACGGCUCGCCGUUUUAUAAACACGCGCGCAGAGAGUUACCGUUGUUCAUUUCCUAAAAAUUGUCCGUUAGACAAUAAUCGCUGAAAAUACAGUCGUUUCCGUUGUUUCGCACCUGUGUCGGUAACGUUUUCAUAGCAUUAGCGUCACGGAAAAUCACAAGACGAAAAUUGAAAAAUCACAGAACCCGGCUGUGGUAAAGUACCAGUCAUGUCGAGGAUGGUAGGUGCAUGACAAAUAUUGAUUCUUUUUUUUUUUUUAACGAGAACCGUGGGGGGCUGAACUCCGCCCUGUCAAGCUCGUGGAGGGUUGCAGCCUCAGAGUUGCUCUGUACACGGCGCGUACCCGAUCCGUGUACUUUUCUAUACCGCGAAUUUCGCUCCGACCGAAAGACAUUUUUUCCGUCCGGUCGGUGUGGCGUUGGGCGGGUAAUUUUUUCGAUUUUCCACGUAUAUAGAGUAGCGCGUUAUAUUCCCGUUGAACGGGAUGGGGGGGGAGGGUAAGGGGAUAAAAUCAUUAUUUUUCUUUUCUAGACUCUCGCGCUGGUAUCGUUACUUUUUCCGUACAGUCAUCGACGGCGUUGAACACGGAAUUAUAAUUCAAUUACGCGGCCAUCGCCCGUGGGAUCCAGACCGAUUUUACCAUAUUAUUUCGCGGGCCGUCCGCGUAUAGUAUUAUAUUAUCAACGGUAUUGGGUCACGCGGAGUGCCAUUUUCGUAAUUUGAUAGGCCACGCGGUUAUUGUCGGCGGGUGUUCGUCCGUAUAGGUUGAUUUUAUUUCACCGGGAGAUAUCAAUUGUUGCCACGACGCAGAUAACGGCGCGCGGGACGAGGCCCUGCAACGGGGAAAUUCAAUUUUAAAACGCUAAUUUAUCAUGAUUUCGACGUCGUCGGCAAAUCGUAUCGCAAACCCGUUCGAUUUUGUAAUUUUUGUCUUAAAAACAGAAAAAAAAAAAAAAAAUCCAGCGAUAAAGUAAAUCGUAUUUUAUCUACUCUACCCCGCACUUUUGACGAUACCGGUCAAACACUCUCGAGGAAUUAAUAAUAUAAGCUUUUAGUCGCGAGCACAGCUGUCGGUACAUAAUAUUUCGUACUUUCGGUCGGCCGGUUUCGCCGGUUCUCGUCGAAUCGCGUUGCGCCGGCGUGUCCGAACGGGAAACCGAACGGAUUAUUUCCGAAUCGUAUUUGCAACAUUUUUCGGCAAUAUUAAAAAACGCGACAGUUCGUUCGGACGUUCGUACAGUGGACGCUUUCACGCCCGGGCCCGCCGAGCCCGAUUGAAAAAUCGCGCGGCUCCGCGGUUCUCGACCGGGAAUAUCGCACGGGUUACUCGUUCCCGAUCGGGCUCGACGCCUACAACGACGAUCCUGUGUGUUUGUAUGCUAGCCGACCCGGCAACCCGGUUUGCUGUUGUUGGACAAUCGUAGUUAAUCGAUAUCAAUACUGUAUGGACCGUAUCAUUUAAGUCGGGCCGAAUCGCGCGUGAAAUCGGUCGAGUAGUUUCGCAGAGUGCAUCGCGUGUACGCGUGAUUUUUUUCAAAAAGAAUCUACCGCCGCGCUCGUGUCGGUGGUAGAGACUGGCGAUUCGUAUCGCCCGUAAUAACAAUCGCUUGAAUUAAAUUGACGAUCCGAAAAUAUAUAUAAACGCGAUAUUUGUCGAUACGGUCGUACGUACUACACGCGUGCGCGAAAUAAUUGUAAAACAUCAAAAAACAGCGCACCAGCUAUUGACCGAACGACCAGCCGACGGUCAUUUCAUUUACGGCGAUAAAACAUUUUGAGAUUCCCGCGGUCGGCGUGCGCGUAUCCGUUUCGGUGUUGACGGGCGAUGCGUCGGGGCACGCGGGACCGAGAUAAUCGACGAGUUUUCCACCUAUUUUGAUCUCGCGAAACCAACGGCUUUGUGCGUCACGCGGUCUGUUUACCCGAAUGCGCUGUUCGCGUCGACCCACGACGAGUGAUGAUUUUUUCGUACAUUGGAAACAGAAUACCGAUUUCCGUGCGCGAUUUCUGCACCGGCGAGACUUUCGAAAAUGCGUAGUUGCCGAUAGACGACCGUUCCGAGUGUACGGUUAUUAACAAUACGGAUCCUGGGUAGUCGUUCGCAUUUGUCUUGCGCGUUGCGUGCGCGGCCGCGACGCGUUUUCGGCUGUACCGCCCCGAACCGACCGGCCAAGACGGUUCGAUGUAUUCGCAAUAUUAUUUUAAUUUUUUUUUUUCCCCGGCGUCCUUUCGGAUUUUUCGAGCGUCGGGCGACGAUUUCCGACGGGUUUUUUUGAAACUUUUAUCGUUAUUCAGACGGCGCUUUGAACGCGUAUUCCCGGCGGUUUCCGCAGCAUCGCGUCUGCCCCUUGCGAUCGUUCUUCCACGCGCAUCCGUUUUCGUGCGCGGGUGUGGGCGACGUUCGAAAAUGCGUACAACACGAUGACGCCAACGCAAUAACGCACGGUAUAAUUCGGGACCGCGUGAAUGCCAGAAUCGAAACGUAUUUUUACGCUUUUUUCUCGAUAUAAUCUUGUUUUGUUUUUUUUUUUUUUCGUCCGACCGUGGAAAAUUCGACUUUGUAAUAAAUAAUACGCGCGCGAAUAUUGUACAACGACGCUCCUCUGCCGCGAUAAUAACAAUAAUAACGAUAAUAAUAAUAAUAAUAACAUAUAUGGUUAUUAUUUUAAUACGGAUACCGUCGCGAUUCGUAAAAACUAUAAUAUAGGUACCUAAUUUUUUUUUGUAUUUUUUUUUUUCUUUCCAUCGCGAUGUUGGAUUCGACCUUCGAAUUUUUUUUUUUUCGCUAAUACUAUUCGUUUUUGUUUUUUUUUUUUUUUUUUUCGUAUAUAAUUAUACGUAUUAAGUAUACAUUUAGUUAUACUUUUUUUUUUUAAAAACAAAUCUGUGGAAAUCGAUAAAAAAUAAUUCGUAUUAUUUAAAUUUAAAAACUCGCGAUCAUAAUAAUAUUAUUAUAUAUUUAAACACAAUCAUAUUGUAUUGUAACCGCGAGAUAUGUUAAACAGUGUAGCAACAGAAAUUUAAUUAUAUAAACUAUGUAAUUUCGUGUAAUUUUUUUUAUUUCGUAUUUUUUAAUAGCUCCGAGUGUGUAUGUGCAUUUUAAUAAUGUGACUUCAUCUACCUAUCUGUAUAUUAUUCGAAUCGAGCUUAUAAGAAAAAUAUAAAUUAAAAAAAAUUAAACGAAACCCAUUAAACGUGCGUAUUUAUUAUUAUGUCUAAUUAUUAUAAUGAUGUUCUUUGUGCGCGAUUACAUUGGCUCCGCGUCCAACACGUCCAAUUACAUUUUCAAUAAUGGAAAAAAAUGUUUCACGAUAAAAAAAAAAAAAAAAACAAAAACAAAAAUGGAUUUAAUGGACGAACUAUGGGGAAUGGCGAAACACGUUUCGAGUAAAGUACCACCGACGCGAAUGUCCGCGUAUUUUGAGAAACCGAGUGAACAGAUCCGAGCGUUUUUAUUCACCGAUAAAGUAGUCUCUGAACCGUUUGAGCUGCUUUUUUUGGGACGAGAUUUAAACAUUUUUGUUUUUAAACAUUAAGUGCAUUAAGAUUCACAGCUCACACAACCCAACCAUCGUGUUAUCAGUCUACAUAUUGUAUAAGCGAAUACUGUUAAGGGGAUCGAAUGCGGUGAUAUUCAGUGUUCGUCCGAUUUAGGACUUUGUUAUAGACGUGUUUCUUUUCCACCAUCAAGUUUAAUCGAGACUUUUCGACAUUUUUGACUUGAUCCAGCUACGCAUUAAAGUGUCCAGAGGCAUAAUGUUUUUUUCGCCCCUACAUUAGAAAACAGAGAUUAUACACUAUGUUACCAAAACAGAAAUUUGUUUUUUUUUUUCUUUUUUUGGAAAAGAGGAACCCAGCCACACUUUAUCACGGUAAAAUUGUCAAUUUUUAAAUUUAAGAAAAUUUACAUUCGCACCAUGCACACGAGAUAUUUGUUCAUUUUAUUUGUAUCUAAUUAUUUUUUAUGAAAAUAUGAAAUAAUUUGUAUAGUAAUUGUUUAGUACGGUAUGGUCAUAAUACGAUAAGCUUUAUCAGUUUUUCACUGCAUCUGACACAUGAUACAUGAAUCGCAGUCAAUUAAAUUGGCGUGAACAACUACCCAUAUUAGACCCGCUUCACGUGUAAGUUUAUAUCAAUUCGAUUUCAACCGUAAUUUAUUAAAUAAAUUCUUGAUAAUCACCAGCACCUUAUCGCAUAUGUACACAACCCACUUAAUUUCUCUGUAAAUUAAAAAAAAAUUAUUAGAAAAAAGUCGUAAUUCAAUUUAAAAUCGGAAAAAAAAUAUGCGAUAAAGUCGAAAUGUUCGAAUAAGGCUUGUUUCAAUGAAUAAAGCACCAAAUGUCACCUUAUUUUCUACCAAACAAUAACGACGUAUCUGACCAAUCUAAUACCAGACUAAGAUGUUGAUAAAACAUAAACAGUAUAAUAUCUAUAUAGCAGCGCUUUUCGCUUAUACACGCACGAUAUUUUUCCCGUUCUGAUCACUCAAUUCCGAAUUCGAUCGGCGAAAAAGAUUCAUCCGACGAAUACACCCAUAAUAAGUACAGUCAGCAAUAGUCAGCCGUAAAAGUCAGUCUAUUUAGCAAAAAGCGUAAACGCCGAAACGCCAAAUUGUACAGUCGAAGAAAAAAAAAAAAACGUCCGUUUUUUUUCUAUAAUAGUUACAUUUCUGGACACGCGGCCAAUUUUAUAUUUCGUACUUACGGCUAUUGCGUAUCGACUAACGAAACCGACGCGGCGUAAUCUCCGUAUGCGCCAGUUUCUAUAGACAUUAUUUUAUUUGCCGAUCGAAAUUACGGUUGUUGCGUAACAAUUAUCGCCGGUUUCACGGAGGAAAACGCACUGAAUGUUAUUUACCGAUCGGAGUGAGAAACAGAGACUCCCGCGGCAACGGAUAACGCCGCGUGAUCAAAAGAACCCGGCGGUACACUGCGAUCGGUCCGUCGAGCAUUCUUAUUGAGUGUCGGCAAACAGCCGGCCGCGUCCGUCUCUAUACGAGAUGUACGACGACGAUGAUAAUAAUAAUAUAUGAUCUCGCGAGUUGUAUGACACAUUCGUCGGACACGUCGUAUAACGAUAACAAUUCGUAAUUCGCAAUACAAUAAUGAUAAAUUAUUUAAAUAACAGCGUUACGACGACGAGUGCGUGAUUAUUAUUGUUGUUGUUGUUGUUAUUAUUUUAGAAAGCAGUCCGCAGCGCCCGGGUCCGGAUUAUUAUUUCCCAAACUCGUUUCGCAAACGGUAUGCGAAAGACGUCCGUCUCCGGCGCGCAAACGAAAAACGACAACAGCGUGUGUCCGUCGACAGUCCGAUACCGAUGUCGUACCGGUACCGCGCGCGCCGGACGGUUUUUCCGCCGACGGCGACGGCCGCCGACCGCUGUUCGGUUUUACAACCGCGCGAUACCGUUGGCCGUGCGUUGGCCGUCCAGGUGGACACCCGUUCGCACCGCGUUCGAUCGGCGUCGCGUUAUCGUUUGCCGAACGUUAGCGCCACGGCGCGUACGGGAGAAAAACGAAAAAACCCCGGACCGCGUUCCGUGGCGGUUAGCGUUCAACGCGUCGGCGCACAAAGCGCACAGUCGAUCAACAGUGCGAUUUCGCUCGGGUUCACGGGCAUGUUAUCUCCUCCGGACACCAGUCUCCGGUAAUAGUGUCCGGGUUUUUUUUUUUUUUUAUAUUUUUUUAGGGACGCGGUUCGUCCCGAGGCCCCGACUCGACGUGCGCGUAAUCACGUUUAUACGUCUGAAACGGUUUCUGUCAUUGAAACGAGCGGCGGCAAACCGACAAACUGAACCGUUAAAUAGUUCCCAUAUGGAUGAUUGGAUUUCGAACGACAGUUAUGCGCGUCGCACUUUAAACGAUAUGAAUCGACAGUUAUUCAAUUCAUUUCCGUCUGUCGGCAAUCCAUAGUCGUGAACCCGCUGAUAAUAUCGCCGGUUCGUCAUCACCGACGACGCCUAUAAAUUCAUUCUUUUCUUUUUUUUUUUUUUUAUACACGUAUUCUACAGCGCUCGUUUUUUCUUUCGGAUUUACACGUUGGUAAUAAUCGUAAUUUACAAUACACGAGUACACGACGACAUUUGUAUUCGAAAAGUACAACGAACGUUUAAACGUGCCGAGACAAUGAGAAGACGCGAUUUUACGGUCUAAGACUGCAGGCGCGCGGGUCACUAACGUCGGUAAAUCGUUUAUACAAGUUGUAGCAGAGAGAGUGAAAGAGAGGGAGAGAGAGAGAGAGAGAGAGGGAGAGACAGACAGACAGACAGAGGAGGGAGAGGGGCACUGUAUUAUUUCUUUCCGCCUAUCCGAGAUGAAACUGGUCCGAAACGAUUUUUAUACCAUUUUCGUUUUAAUACAUUUCGGCGUACAUUUUGCGCGCACAGGUCACGAAUAUUUUAUUUAUAAUUUACGAGAUACGCCGUAAUAGGUAUUGUUAUUGGGGCCCCGCGGAUUUCAAUUCUAAUUGCAAUUUUUUUUUUUCAGUUGAAGCUCAAAUGAAACUUUCCUAGUACGUGAUUCGGCUCGUGUGUAAUAAAACCGAACCGUUCAUUUUGUAUGUUUCGUUGUUUACAAUUUUCGGUUGAUUUUCUAAUAUCAAAAGACAUUUGAUUAGAAAUGUUUUUGUUGAUGAAGUUUCUAAGACCUUUAAGUCCGAGCAAUAAUCGUUUUAACGCGUGACGGUUACGAUAUCAAAUACAUGGCCAAGUCCGCUCAUUUAUAGUAACCGAGCAAGUUACGGUAACUUUUAUUUUGUAUUAGUGACCAAGUGUUGAAUUACGAAACCUAAAAACCCAACCUUUGCAAUGGGCGCAAAUUUUGUUUAUAAGUCUCGCGGUCGGUGUUUUUUUUAUUUUUCCAAUUAGCGCAUUAAAAUAUACACACACACACACACAUUUAUUCUAUCAUUUUGAUCACAGAAUAAAGGGUAAAAAUUACUUGCAUAAGAAAAAAUUAUAUAUAAAAAAAGAACGUGGAAAAUAACUCGAGCCCUUCUUUCCGGGGACCAAAGGUCCAGCGGCUGGUAUUUUAGCUUUUUAUAUUAAUUUUAACGGUUUCGUUUCUACGACAGAAAUCCAAUAUCCAAUAUGGACUCGUUCCUAUGUAAAAUUACCAUAAUAUCAGGUAUACAUCACCAAUUGCGCACAUUCGACGGUAGAAUAUGAUAUUGCGUGUAUUUUAAGAAUAAUUAGACGACGUGUACAAACAUUUGUAAAUCAUUAUAAACUAUGCUCGCACAGGCCGCCGAGUGGGAGGCGAAGAAGAGCAAUUCUUUACUCGCCAUUAUUGUUGUUACUAUUAUUGGAACAGUCAACACUUAUUUUUUCGGGUAUGCCUAUAAAUAAUCUAACCUAUUGCAUACAGCGUUUAAUUUAUUCAUUCAAACGAUGACCGCGAAACAUUUCGGCCGAAUUCGGUCUUGGACUGUAACGGGAAGAGGGGGGGGGAGGAGGAGGGGUUAAGAAGGUCGAUAGUUCCGAGAUACACGUUUUGAGCGUAUUUUCGCGUGCGCAUAAAAAACUCGAUUUUUCUUAAACGGAAACGCCUAUUGUACGCAGCCCUAUUUCAUUUUUCAAGUGACAUUGACUAACACGAUUGUUUUUGUUGAAUCGAAAUUCCCCUUGGAUAUAUCGUGUGUGUCGUUAACGCAAAUCGCCUUUUCGUUUCUAGGUGUUAUAGUUAAAAUAAAUUAAAAAUUAAAAGUCCGCGGUUAACUUGUUUUUGCCAAAAAUGGCGUUAAGGACGGACGCUUUUGCAUGAACCAAAUCAUACAGACAUAACGGUUUAGUUUAUUGAAAAAACAAAAAAAAACAUUUUUUCCCCCGUAAAACAGUAUAGAUACCUAGUCAAAAUGGCUUCGCUUUCAAUGUGAUCGCGCGAUUUGAAUUUAUUAAAAACCGAGAAAAAAAAUAACAUAUUUGUUUAAUAAAAUGUCGACGGCCGUAGUAUUAGGCAUAGCUCGGGAGAUUUUCGAUGUGGAAAAAUAAAGAGAAUACGUCCCGUUACCGAUCGAGCGAAACCGCGCGCUGUACAAUAGUAUUCGACAAACUGUUACGCGGUACAUACGUAAUGCGUAUAAUAUUAUUAGUAGUCGUGUGAUUCGACAAUUCAAUACGACAGUCCCGCGGGAAAAAAUAAUAGUUUUUAAUUGCAGGUUUCAAAUCACAUUUGCAAAAUGUUCGGGUACAUUUCACACGCGUUAUCUUAACACGCACGCUUGUGCGUAUUUUGUCUAGGCGGAUUUCGCUCAGAUACCUGGGCACGUUGUUAAAUUGUAACCGAUCGAGGUGAAUUUUCUACAAGCCAUCAUUAUGCCUAGUAGAAAAUAGCCGAAUCGUAUACGUACGGAUAAAACUUUCUCGGAUCGCAAUCCAUAUUAUGUCGUACCUUUUGAAAACGGCAGGGAAAACGUUUAAUUUACACGCGUGUUCGAUCAAUGGAUACUACGAUUUUAACUGCGUGUUACAUGCACCGCACGGGCCUUUACGAAAUCUAAAUGCGUAUCGAAUCCGGUACACAUUUACUGCUUUUAGCGUUCGUUAGUGUUUCGUAACAAGUACACAAACGAAAACGAUCGAUUUCGAUACAUAGAUAACGUUCCCGGUUAAUCGUCAUCGUUAUCCGGCCGGAUAACGAAUAGUUUCCUGAUUGAUUAUCAUCACAUUGUAUUAAAUCGUGUUUUCGCCGUCAUUCAGAUAAUAUCUGCAGACUCGUCUUUACCGGCGGACAUACCAUUUUAAAACGUAACUCAAUGCGAGCACAACGCUGCCCGCGCCCCGGGCAAUUAAUUUUUCCGUCGUCCUAUCGCCACUGCAAGUAAUAAACAAUCGGGGUACAGGUAUACGGAGGGAUUUUCGGCCGUCCGGACAUUCCCGACCUGCGGACGGUGAAAUACGAUUGCGGACGGUUAGUUUUUUUUUUUUCUUUUUUUACCCGUUUAAACCGGUGCUCGCGUGUGUUUUACAUAUAUCAACUAUGCAAAUCCAGUCCGACGACGUCGUGGUCGUCUCGUUAUCGCCGGACGGAAACCGCUCUUUUUACAGAUAUUUACGACCGGCCACCGACCUCCAGUGUGCCGCGGCCGGUUCGAGACGAUUGUUUUGUUUUUUUUUUUUUUUUCGUUUUAACCUAUCGCGUAAUAACAUUGUGAAUUCAUGCUUGAAUAGCGUACGUUUGUUGUUUUUGUUUUCGUAAUUUUUAAAAUCCGAGGUUUGCAAAAACGCGCGUGUGUCUUUUCGUCACCGAUUAUAUAGUGAAAUGAUCCACUUCGGACGGCGUUUUGCCGUGCCACUAAAAUUUGAUGUGAAUUUAUACCGCCCGCGGCUAUACAACUUUAUUGGAAAACGAUUAGAAAUUUCGGAUCUAGUCUUCGGUGCUUAUGAAAGUGGUUUUUUUUUUUUUUUUUUUUUUUUUUUUUGAUUUUCCGCGUAGUUUUCUAAACAGUCGGACAACACCGAGGAAAAAACGCAGAAAGAACGGGAAAGUUUACGGGAAUAACGGUUUCAAUUUUCAAUUAUACUCGUAAUUCGAUUAAAAAUAUUCGUAGACGAGAACGUUUUACGAAAAUCGGCCUAAAUACUUGUACUAAACAUAGUGCUAUUAUUAUGUUUAUGUUUAUGCCUGUAGCAGUACUAUUAACGUAGUACUACAGGCAUGUUGUAUUUUCGAGUGUUUAAUACCUAUUUAAUUGGUAAGUUCUUUGCGGAGUGCUUGAAAAUUUAACACAGGUUUUAUUGUAAAUUGUAUUUAGUGAUGAAAAGCCGAGCGUAAUAAUAUUAUAGUAUUGUAGUUUUUUUUUUUUUUUUUUUUUUUUUUGUAAGAGUAUUAAGAUAUUUCCGAAAACCGUAAGAAUCGCGGCAUUUCGAAACAACUGAAAUUUCAGUUCAGAAUCGCAUUUCGCCAACAAUAGUCUGCCUUCGCUUACGGGCAAAAAUCAAAAAACGAAUAAAAAAAAAAAAAAACGACUCCGAACCACAUAUAUAUCAUUUAAUCUGUUAUUUUGUUCGAAACGAAACCUGCCCGAAACGCCGCCGUAAUAAAAAAAAAAAAAAAAAGGCGUUAUAAUGGAUUACGCGAAUAAAUACAAUUUACUCAGUAUAAUUAACAACUGUAGUGGCAACAAAACAAUAUUAUACUCGGCGGAUAUUCGAUUUUAACGAUAAAUUUUCGGGGCAGACCGUACAUAAUUGAUUGCACGCAAAAAUACGUAAAUCGAAAUUUUUGUUUUUUUUUCUUUUUCUUCUAAUUUCAAUUGUCAGCCCACAAUUAUUAGGCGCGCGCGCGUUAUGCAACGUGACACGGUCGUUUUCAAAUUCAAUAUCUCUCUCCUCGGCCGACCGCGUAACGUCACUGCGGUCGCGGGCGCUCAUCACAAAGUGAUAACGGGCCAGUCUUCUACGGCGAUAACAAUAUUAUUUACUGUUGCCAAUCACCUUGACUCCGAUAUUAUUCACUCGUCUGAUCGUCUGCCAGGUCUGCCCGCAGCGGGCAGAACGGUUCUACUACGCGUAGGUAUACCGUAUAAUGCGCGCACAACAGUUCCCGGGGAAUGUACGACGGGAGAAAGUAACCUUGUCCGGCGCAAGUUUUCCGCUACGUCCGUCGUUUUUUUUUUUUUUUUUUAUUAUUAUUAUUAUUAUUUCGCACACACACGCACGUGCGCAAAAAAAAAAUAAAAAUAAAAUAAAUAUUAUCAUUUCGCGUGCGUUGGUUCUCGUCGCACGCGUGCGUUUGUGCGCUCGGCGUACCCGAUACUCUAUGCACGAUGCGGUAUUGCCAAUCCCCCCUGUAUACGGAGCGAUUCUGUAAUAAUGACAAUCGUCCGGAACAAAAACCGCAGCGGCGCGUAUUCAAUUUCGAACGUUUGCCGCUAUCGCGUUAGCCCGAACGAGGAGAAGAACGUCAAAGUAUCGAACUACUUUCUUUUUUUUUUUUAAAUCGAUUUUUACAUUCAACAACAUAAUAUCUCGCAGUCUUAUACCACAGAAUAAAAUAAAAUCUAAUUUCAUCGAAAAUAAUUUAUUCAGUAUUAAUAGUGUAACAGUACUGUACUCGUAUAAUGUGUGCUAUCUCCUCUACGUAGAAAACGAUCGAAAACAAAACCCCUCUCGAAAAAAGAAUCCUGCGUGCGCUACUGCAUUCGCCUGACCCCCCCCCCCUUGGCAAAUACAACAGCUGUACAGUACUCGUUAGUCUUUCAAAUUUUCGUCGAAAUGACCGAUGAAAAAAAGUCAGCCCUCCCCAGAGAAAUUCUCUGAAUUCAACACUGAGUAUCCCCGUUACGGGAUAAACGGGAAUGUUAAUUUGAUAACAAUAAAAAUAGAAAAAAAAAAUGUUUAAGAUUACGGCCGUGUAGUUCUCUCCGACUCUCCGCCCCAUUUGUUGUUCAACAACGGUAUUGUAUUUUCAUACACGGAACGCAGCGAGGAACGCAUUGGUUUUAAAAUGAUGUUUAUUAUCAUUAUUAUGAUGUUUUAAAUCCGUCGACAACGUUUCUACCCUGCGCCGAUUCGCGAGUGCACGGUAUCUUUCCCGAACGGAAAUGGGAGGCGGAGGGGAUAACAAUAAUAAUCGGGAAAAACCCGGGACUGUGUACGUGCGUAUGUACAUAAAAGAAACUUCGCUCCGAAUCGAAUUUUUUUUUUUCGUCGGCGACGGUUGACCGCCGCGCGCGGGUGUAUUAAAUCGAAUUCCCAUCUGCAUCCCGGUUUCCCGACUCCUACGGCAAUAACGGUCGCAGCGGCCCGCCCGUCGUGCGGGCCGCGUCGGUAUUUUUCGUAAAAUACGAUUUCCCCGAUUUCGUCCGGGGUGGCGCGACGGAGUGGCGGGGUAUGGGGUGGGUGGUGGGGGGGUUGGCGGUACCCGAAUUCGGAGCUGAUCCGCGAUAAUUACGCCCGUUCCGCCCGCCCGGUCCGCUCGAGUACGCUCACGUGUGCGCCACGGGCGUCGCGGAUUUUUUUGUUUUUUCAUUAUUAUUAUUUUCUAACACCGCGAACGUUGUUGUCCCCCCCCCACCACGCCGAAUCGGCCCUCGGCGUGUUGUGAACGCGGACGCGUUCGUAUUAUGCGCGUUACGUGUUAUACGGCCGCACGGGUACGGGUUUGAAUAUUUCGCGAACAAGAACCGGUUCCCCGUCGUUAAAGUCGUCGUCCCGUACGGCGGACGGCCAUUCGGAGACGCGAAAAUCCAACGCGUAAUAUCGGUUUUUUUUUUUUUUUUUUGUAUCGCUACGACAUGACGUCGAACGACGAAAAAACAAUAGUUUUACCAUUCAUUUACGACCGGGGAACUUCCGUAUUCGGAAGUCUAUCAACCCCGCGCGCGGUACGUUUUGACGUCGGGUCGGGUCAGCCGCCGACGUGAUCGGGUUAGGUUCCGGCGGCGGGGAAGUGUUGUGAAAAAAGAUCCGGUGUCGGGUAAACGGACAAGAAAUACACCCGGGAACGGGUGUGCCGCUGUUAUUUGAUUGACGCCCGUACGUCACCGAUGAUAAACCGUCGCUGCUAAUGAAAAACGAUUCGGAACGGUGUUCGUAAAACUUCGACAAUUGUAAAAAGUAAAAAUACUACGAUAUAAACGCAAUUAUUUUUGUUUUUUUCGAACACAGAGUGCGACUUAUAACGAACUUCUUAUUCCGAGCAUUUUCGUGAAGUCUAACGGUUUUAAAUGUCUACUUACGUAAUACUCUUUAAACGUUAUUAACGGUAAACGUAUUAACUUCGCCUUGGUCUGGCGAUUCAAUCGAAUAUCGUAAUAUCAGAUGGCAUGACGUGCGUUAGGUUAGGUUAAUACCGAGAGAACGGAAACAUUAUAAUCCCGCCGCAUCUACAUUCCACGUGGAAAAAUAUCCCAAGAUUACUAUUGUCGCCGAAAUUUUAUUCCUAAAAUAUUGUCACCGGUGCAUUCGGAAUCCGUAAACCAAAACGAAAUAGCCUGCAAUCGAUGUUCAAACCCACCGUAAAUGCGAACUCGAAACGUCGUCUUGUUCCUCCCCGAUCCCGGGCCGUUUGCCGUUCCCGUCGUUCUCGAUCAUCCGCGCCGACACAAAUCAUUCCAAGACCUUCGGCCGCGCUGUCGAACCGUCUCCGGCGCGACGUCCGAACUCUCGGUGUCGCUCCCCGCUCGGUUCGCCGAUCAACGCGCUGUGCGUUCGAGGCGUCCGAGGCUAUUCGUUUCGGUUCGCGUUUACCGCCCUCGCGCACACCCGACCGAACCGUACCGGCCCGUUCGUUUCCCACUCCGUCGCGGAUGUUCCGGGAAAGGGUUUCGGUUCGUCGACCCCCGAAACGUCCGCGACCGGGGAACGGGUCGCGCGUCGUUGUUGUUCCGUAUUAUACAUCGCCGUGUGUUUGUCGUUUUGCAGGGUCCGGUCGCCGUCAGCGGCUGUAUAUAUCGCUAG